GAAUCAAGGAACAGUAGUCCUGCUGUUCAUCGACUUCAAGAGGUACUUUCGUUCUAACUAAGAAGAAAAGAAAAAUAAAGAAAAGAAAGAUGUCUUCCGCUGCUCCAGCAAAGAAACCCAAGGCUCCCGCAAAGCCCAAGGCCCCAGCAGACCACCCCAAAUACGUUGACAUGAUCACCGCUGCAAUCAAAGCUGUGGGAACAGGAAGAAAUGGUGCAAGUCGCCAAAAGAUUGUUAGCUACGUCAAAGCCAACUACAAGGUCUCUGAUGGUGCUGAGGUUCACAUCAAGCAGGCACUAAGGAGAGGUGUUGACAAUAAGGCUUUCAUCCAGAUCAAAGGAACUGGUGCCUCUGGAUCUUUUAAACUUGCAAAGAAGGAGGCAGCUCCUAAAAAGGCAGCUAAGGCAGCACCAGUCAGCAAGAAAGCUAAACCAGCAAAGCCAGCAGCAUCACCAGCUAAGAAACCAGCAGCCAAAUCUCCAAAGAAACCUGCUGCUAAGAAGAGUACUACAACAGCCGCCAAGAAACCAGCAGCAAAGAAGCCUGCUGCAAAGAAAGAGAGCGUAAAGAAAACACCCACAAAGAAACCGGCUGCAAAGAAACCUGCUGUAAAGAAAUCUCCAGCUAAAAAACCAGCAGCAAAGAAGCCCGCAGCAAAGAAACCCGCCAAGAAGAUUUUGCAUUGUUUGUCAGCUGAAGUCCAAGUUUCCAGAGAAAGACCAAGAAAAAUGUCCACUCCACCUCGUCCACCACCAGCACAGAAGAAGAGAGCUACUCCCAAGCGCAAGCCUCGCUCUGCAACUUCUUCUCAUCCUACAUAUGAAGACAUGGUUACAGCUGCCAUCAAGGCUGUUGGUGGCAAAUCUGCUAGUCGUCAGAAAAUAGUCACCUACAUUAAGGCCAACUACAACAUACCAAAAGGAAAAGGAGCUGAUGUUCAAGUCCGGAUGGCAAUCAAGAGAGGACUCAACAAAGGAAAAUUUUUGCAAGCCAAUGGAAAAGGUGCAGCUGGAUCAUUCAAACUCUCCACCAAAGUAUCUGCCAAGAAAUCUCCUGCAAGGAGGAGAAAAGCAAAGCCUGCAAGAAAGACUGCUGGAAAGAGACGUGUUGUAAAAUCUCCAAAACGCAAAGCAGCAAGAAAAUCUCCUGCAAAGCGCACUCCAGUGAAAAAACAGAGGAGCACCAAAAAGAAACCUGCUAGGAAAUCACCAGCUAAAAGGAAGUCUCCUGCAAGGAAAUCUCCUGCAAGGAAAGCUAGGAGACCAGCAGCUAGGAAGGGAGGAAAGAAACGUCAAGCCAAGAAAUAGACUUGUGAACUCUAUUUUUAACAAAACUUUAUGUUCUCUUCCUGUUAUAUAGUAUAUCACUUCAUCUGUUGUAAAAUAAACAUGUAUCACUUAUCAUUAAA